ACUGGCAAGAUGAGAGGGAGGAGACAGGGGUGUGUGUUGAGUGGGAGGGAGACUGACCACCACCGCCUCUUUAAAAUAAGUUGCCCUAUUUGGACCUCUCAUGUCAAACUUCACAAGCAGAGAGGAAAUUGUAAUCACAGUCUGAAAGAUCAAGUAAUCUGAGCACAUUAUGGAUUUAUGGCCUAAGAAUCAAGAGCUGCUGCCCCAGUACACCAGAUUCCGUACAGUUCCUGGCAGAAAUCUUACACAUAACUACCAUGACAGACAUCAGGCACCACAUUAUCCUCCAGGUAACCAUAAGGCGCAGCAGAAUCAUGUCAGAGAGUCCGGCUACUGGACAUUACCUAGAACAAGGACAGGAGCAAUGCUACUGGAUCACACCAACUGGACUGAGCCACAGGUGUGUGCCUCUACCUCUGCUCAGCACCCUUUUAUUUUGGGCCAUCAUUCCCAGCAGAACAUGGGAGACAAUGAAUGUUUUGAGGCCAGAGAAUGGACAACAGCUGGACAGGUGGCAGGAGCAUACGAGAGAGACAAUGUGAGAGAGGGAUGGCAGAGGAGGUGGGAACCCUCCAGUCUUGUCCACUACAGGGAGUCAUCCAAGAGGGACAGCAGCAGUUACAGAGAGCUGGAAGCCUGGGCUGCUCGUUACAGCCAUUCCCUUCCAAGGAGGAGGCGAUUAGAGGCGGAGCUGAUGGGAUCUUCCCUGGGGCUGUUGGAGAGCAGACAAACUGGGACAGAGUCUUGCAUGGCAACACUGCAGCAAGUUGGACAAUGUGCAAACACGAGAGACGACCCAGGACAGUGGGAGAGAGCAGCCAAGCAACAAACCCAUUGGCCUCCGCAAGACCCCAACAUGAGCCACACUGUGGGCAUGAAAGGAAAGAUCCAAAGCAAAAUAUUUAGUCAGCCCCCUGGUUAUGUUGCACCUCCACCCUAUAACAGCCCGAAUAAAGGUUCACCUCUGAUGCCCCACUGUUGGGAGCAGGUUGAGAAGACACAAGAGAAACCAGACAGGAACCAACAAACACCCCCAGAGCUUGAAGGACAUGGAUACCAAGGGAAUGUGAUCCAGAAUGUGCAUACUCCGCAUAAAGUUUUGACGUGUCCACAAAUGUCACAGGAAGUUAAGACGACAAAGAUAAUCCCAGAAUCGUCCUCAAAGGUGAUUGAAGGUCGCAAAUUCAGGUUAAGCAAAAAAACAGGUGGAAUGACUAUCUUCUGUUUAGUGUCUCGGAUAGCAGGCCCAACAGAAUUCCCAUCUUUGACACCUAUCGACCAAACAAACAUUCCAAACACAGAGCUUGGAAAAUGUUCACCAAACAGUAGUGAAAUUGUCCAAACAUCCAAGGUGGCAGACGAAGUAGACUACAAGGCACUCACACGUUUGUCUGCCCUGACCUUUGGGGACAGAAACCUCAAACCCAAAAAGAUGACACCAAGUUGCAUAAAAAGUGGAGAGGAAGAACUACCAAAGAAAGACAAAACAGAGGGUUGCCAAUUCAAGGAGAAAAAAAAUGAUGCUGAGUCUACAUUAGAAAAACGAGCCGCUCCGUUGGUAUCACCUGUGUCAGCCAGGUAUCCUUUGUGGAGGGAGCCAAGUUUCACAAAAAGGACUCGUACACAGAGUCCACUUGGCAUGGAAGUAAGAAGACUGGACAUCAAGAAAGGCCCUGAAUCAGAGGAGGGGAAAGAUCUCUUGGUGAUCGACACAACAUGCGUUGUUGUCAAAAUGGAACUCAUUAAGUCUCCCAAGAAGGAACACAUUCACCUCUUGAGAUGCACAACGCACACAGAACAGAGUCCAGAACAAAGUCCCGCCUCUUCUGGCCAAACCAGCGGCCUUCUUAGCCUAGAGCCGCAUUCUAAUCAAAACUCUGACUCAAACCUCUCUCCAAGGAACGAAAGGUCUCAGAACAGGGUGAACCCAGACCAUGCGGAGACAACAACCAUUGAGAGUGAGACAGAAAACAUGGCAAGAGACUAUUUGGAGAAGGGAGUUGAAAGAACCCUGGGUAUCCGCCUCAAUGCAACCUUGCUCCCUGACGUGUGCAUGAAAGAUGCAGAUAAGGGAUUAGAUUCACCUCAAGUGAACAAGGAAAUGAAAGGGAAGCUGUUACAAGAGACCAUCAAGGAAAGGAUGUCUGAUGAUGAGGAUACAGGUCCUAAUGAUGACUGUGACACCUUUUCAGGAUCCCAGCAUAAGGUGUCCAACGUGUUCAAGGAAAAUGAGACUAACAGCCAAUCUGGACUAGACAAUGUGGAUCAGUUUGACAUGACGGAGGAUCCCCCAGUUGGGUCCACUCCAGAAGUGGCCAACCCUGAGCAGAGUCCCAUUGAAAAUUAUGCCACUCGAUGUGUCACUCCACCUCCUGUCCUUUCUAAUCCUCACUUACUUGCAGCCUCAGAAGAUGCCCAAGGGUCGAAUUCUAAUCUUGUGCCAUUGCCUUUAGCUGUUCAAUCACUCCCAUGUAUCUCAGAGUCAGAGACCGAGGAAGCUCCAGAUGUUGAGACAGGAGCUCUCGAUCCAUUUGCGGAUUGUACACUUCAACUGGGAACCGCAUCAUUGCCGCAUGUGCCAUCUCUGAUUCCCCUCACUGAGCCUUCCACUCUACCUUUGUGUCUUGAUGUAAUACCUUCCAAUGCAAUGUCUGAUAUUGAGGUUUUUGAGGGAGACCAAGCUGAAAAGCAACAAUCUUCACAGUAUGGUGAGCUCAGCGAUGUCCCUAAUGAAUCUCCCAAUGAUGGGACAGCUGAAUUGGUGGCACAAGAGCAAUUAGAAUGUGGCUCAGCCAAUAAAGUGGUAUUUGAUAUUGCUCUGGACCUUCUAAAGCAGACGCCUGGAAUAUCCCAAGAGAAGCCUCCAGAGUUAAACACUGAGCAGCAACUCCUUAGCAUUCAAACUGAAAAAGAGAACAAGACCGACCAUUCAGAAAAAGUGACCCACAGUCAAAGUGAAGAGAAGGAAGUAAAGUCUUUGGACUUCCAAGUGGAGGAAGAUGUCAAGGUGAAAGAGACUAACAUGGAGUCGCCUGAGGACAACAAGGAUCUGCAAGCUCUUGAGCAGCAGACAGUAGAGUGUCAGAGUGACAUUUUAGUAGAUACGAAAUCAUCUUCUUCCUUACCUUCUGACACAAACUAUGAGGCUCAACCACACACUCCUUCUCCACCACAAGAGUCAAGAGAAGAGUUUGCCCCUCAUUCAGAAACCAAUUCAGCCUACUCUUCAAUUCAAAAUCAUGAAUCUCCUGUUGGACUUCCUGAAACUCUCUCCGAUGUUCAUCUGCUGGACUGUACCCCUUCUGAAAAUUCUCUGCUGUGUUCACCUCCUCCAGAGGAAAGUGGAAGUUGCACCCCUAAUAUCGCCCAGGGAGCAGAAGUUCAGUAUCCCAACUCCCUUUGGGAUGCAGUGAAUCGCAUCAGAAAACAUACAGCUCCUGACUCAGAGAACGAAGAAGAGGAAGUUUUUGAGUUUUGGGAUCCUGAGUGUGCAGGUGUUGAUUUAGAACAGGAACUGACGGUGUUAGAGGGCACUGAGGUUGGACAAAUGGUGCCGCAGCCAUGGAAUGAGGAGGACACACUGUCUUGUAGUAGCACCAGCAGCCAUGACUCUGGGGACACAGUUAUUAUAGCAGAUGAGGACGAUGUAGAGGAAACAGAGGAGGGUGGGAGGUGCUGCCUCGUUGAAGCUGAACAGAACACUGCAGGUGAGGAAGAGAGAGAAGGUGAUGGAGAUGAGAGAGCGUGUGACCAGAGUGAGAAGUACCAAACUCUCGACGAGGGAGUGACAACAAAAGAUGAGGAAACUAAGCAGUGCGAUUACAGUAUGGGGAAAAUGUGCACAUACUAAACUGUUACACUAAAUUGCAAGCAUGCCCAAGCUUACUCAGCAGACACCUGGAGAGCCAAUACGACUCUGCCUUUACAAAGAUAACUAGCCAUACAUGCAGUUUUAUUAAACCUCAACCCGCAGACUCAAAAAGGAAUUAGUAAUCUGAAUUACCAUGUACUGCGUCUAUAUGAGAUUGACAGAGAUACACCUUUUGGGGCAUGUUACAUCUUAAGUACAGUACAGUAUAAAAACCUGUUCCAAAUAAAAUUGUGAUGUGUUAUACAUGCAACAAAAUGUUAAACUAUAAAUACCUUUGGUCACUUUGCUGACAUCUUAUUUGGGUAUUUGAGAGCAAAAUAUUACAAAACUACAAUAAUAAACAAAUAUAUGACAUUGUCAAUAAAUAGUGAAUUCGUUUUGUAAAAGCAGAUUUUUUUAAUACUGCUCUUUUAUUUGGUCUCAUGAGUAUGUAUUCUCCUCCAUCCUCUGCAUCUGAUUAUAAUAUUAGUCAUUUCAUAGCUUUUUAUAUUUGAUUUGAGAGUGAUGCUAUCCAUGUCAUAAAAACAAAUAGGAAAUAGAAUAUCUAAACCACAUACCUUGUCUAAUUGUAAUAUAAAAAUGUUUUAGUAACGAAUAAAGGCUGAUUCCCUGAAAAGCAGGGAAUUGUAUGAAUGAAACAUUACAGUACUUACAAGCAAUACAC